UCUUCCUCUCUAAUAUUCCUUUCAUUUCUGGAGCUUCCUCAAAUUAACUCAUCCCUCUCCAUCCAUCCAUGGCAAUGGCACUAUCAACUCAACCACAAGACCAACAACAAUCGCCUCCUCCUCCUUCCCCCCUCAAAGUUGACCUCGAGGGACAAACCAAACAAGCCCCUGAGCAAGAGGUUGAGGUCGUCAACUUCUCAAAGCGAGCUCAGUGGCUCCGUGCCGCCGUGCUGGGCGCAAAUGACGGCCUGCUUUCAACGGCGUCACUCAUGAUGGGCGUCGGUGCUGUCCGCAAGGACCCCAAGACUAUGGUGAUUACUGGGGUGGCGGGGCUGAUCGGUGGAGCCUGCAGCAUGGCCAUCGGGGAGCUCGUAUCCGUGUACUCACAGUACGACAUCGAGGUCGCCCAGAUCAAGAGAGAGGACAGGAACGGAGCCCUAGGAGUUGAAGAAAUAGACGCGAGGAAGGAGAAGCUUCCAAGCCCAUGGCAGGCGGCGGGGGCAUCGGCACUGGCCUUUGCAGUGGGAGCGCUGGUGCCGCUCCUAGCGGCAGCUUUUGUAAAGGAGUACAAGGUGAGGCUGGUGGUGGUGAUAGCGGCGGUGAGCAUGGCGUUGAUUGGGUUCGGCUGGCUGAGCGCAGUGCUAGGGAAAGUGCCGGCGGCGAAGUCGGCUUCUAGGGUGCUGGUUGGAGGGUGGUUGGCCAUGGGCAUCACCUUUGGUUUGACCAAGCUGAUUGGCUCUGCUGGCGUAUAGGAGUUGUGAGCAUCGUAUGUAGUUUUUCCUCUCGUUUGCUUUGCUUGAAGAAAACUUCAUUCUAGCUAGGGCACGUCAUGAGGCAUCCACAACCAAGUUCUCUUUUCCUUUCCUUUCCUUUUCCUUUCUUUUAUUUUUCUGUAGCAUCGAGAUGUCUCGUAUAUUUCAUUGCUGAGUUGUGAGAGCUCAAGUUCGUCUUUGGAUCUGCCCAUCUUGAAAAUGCACUGCUGUAGAUCUAUAAGCUAAAGACCGAAGUCUAAGCAAUGUUAUGGUGAUAUUACCCUC